GUGCGCUUGAUGUUGUUCUUGGCCUCCCAACAGCUCUUGACAACGCCAUGGUUACCCGUGAAGCGGAAGUACUUCUGUUGUCACGAGAAAACUUUGAUCGACUAUUUAUGCGGAAGUAUGCCCAGGCUACAAUGAAAAAACUUCGAGAUCGCCUGAUAAUGAGAUUAUACUUGUACAUACAUAGAGCAGAGUCAUCCAAUAAAUCUCUGACGUCACCAUUUCUGAAGUUUUUAACAUUCCUGCUUCAAGAUGACAGUGCUGUUGAAGACUUAAAGAAAAAGAAACGAAGAGAAAGAGAAAUCAAGAAAGGUCUUAUACAUAACUUAGACGAUGCUGAUGAUAUCGACGCUAAAGACGCUCGAGAAGCAGAACAAAUUUCUGGAAUGUUGAAAAUGCUGGAUAUGAAUCCUAAAACUUCACAUAUUAGAUUACCAACUGUAGAGAGUAGUCAAAAGGUUAUAAAUGAAAUCGAAGCAGGAUUAAAAAACUGGGUUGACACUACACGAGGAGGUGGCUCACCAUUACCAACUCAGAAAAAUCAUUUGACCGCGCCGUCAGCUGGAGCUAGACGCAAAUCAUUCCAAGAAGACUUCAUGAAACCUAUUUUUCAUCAGACGUCUUCUUUGGCAAGACCAAAAACUCCACAAAAAUGAUAUUUUGAGAGGCUUGACUACUUGGCAUAGCUUCACGAUGGUCCUUCUUGAGGGUUAUAGUUUAAAAUACUUGAAAGAACAGGAAGCUUCUUUGUUAGCGAUUGUUGAAAACACUUUGACUUAUAUUAAUACAUGUAUAAACAUUUUUACCAGAGGAAUUUGUUUCAUCUUUUAGGCGUUAUAUUUUACUAUAUUUAUUGAUUUUACUAUAUUUAUUGAUUUUUCUAUAUUUAUUGAUAUAAGUCUAUUCUCAAUGUGUCUCAUAUAACAUUUACUGUAAAUUCCUGCUUACCUUGAAAUGUAAAUUUUACUUAUUAUGAAAUAUAAUAUCAUGAUAUACAUUUUGUAAUUAUCAUAUAUUUUUAUAAUUAUUUUUUAUAUAAACACCGUCAAAUUUGAAAGUAUAGCAUCAAAGGGCUAAAAUGACAUAUAAGUCUUUUGUAAACAAAACAUACAGAUGGUCUUUUUGUCUUUAAACAGAUUUUUUGACUGAUAAAUUCGCUU